CACUUCGGCGUCCGUACGUAGAUUACUUUUCUAGACACAAAAAUCAAUGAAGUUUCUUUGACCAUUCAGGAGAAAUGAGAGUGGUUUUCCUCUGUAAAGGUUCAAGGGGCGAUAUCGCUCCUUUACUAUCACUUGCCGUCGGCUUCAAGUAAGUUUUCAAGUGCUUGCUAAUCAGCUUAUCAUUCUCAUAAUUAUUCCAUCCUCUUUGCACACCGGUGCAGAUACUUAUUUGUCAAAUAUUAUGGCUUGUUGCCAGCAUCAUGCUGUGAUUUUAGGUUUUAAGUACUUAGUAUUGAGUUAGAAUAAUAUUUGGCAUGUGGAUGACAAUAUAUUUAUCUCCACGUUAUGUGUACGUUAGCAAAAGGAAAACAAUGAUACCACUGUAAAAAUAUAUAUAUUUUUACUCGUUUUCAUGUUUUACCGUUUUUCAAUGGAGACUUCCUUUUAUUUGGGUUAUGUUCGCGCAUAUUAGUAAACAUCCUGAACUAAUUCUCUUUCGAUUGACGUCCCCCAAAAUGAUAAAAAAAUUGCCUUCGUUUUCAGAGACCACUUGCUAUGCAAACAAUGCUUUGUUUACUCUGAUAGAGGUGCACUGUUUCGAACGACUGCUCGUGUUUAUCUGCGUUCUAAAUUUUACUACAUAAGCUAUCAAGCGUGUGUUAAUUCCUGUUGAAUUAUUUAGAUCAAUAUCGUUUUGAAAAAUAAUGUACUUAUCCCAUUUCGAUAUGUCUCUUUUGACCAUGGUGAGCUAACCUAGGAGGAAAUAUGCAAGAGUCACAUUUUGCGUGAUAAUUUAUCUGUUGUUUUCUUUCUCGAAGGCGUCUUCUACAGGGCAUUCUAGGUAUUUGAUUUUUAUUUUUUUGACCUUUUUACCAGAAAACAUAGAUUUGAUAACCUUGUGGAUCGAGUGAAGACGUUUUUUAAAAUUUUUCUUUUCAUAGUUUCCAAAUUGUGACGAAUGAAUAACUUUCCCCUUAAUUUGGCGAAGGUCGAGCCAAAGAGUGGAGCGACUAUCUUUUGUUUUGUAUUCUUUCCUUUAGACAAAACAACCCCACAGAUAACUGCACCCUAGCAACUCAUGCAUGUCACAGACUCAAAUUUGACGGCAUUCUCAAAAAGAAUGAUGUGGAUUUUAUGGCUGUUGAUGACCUUGGAAAAGACAGUGGACCUCGGAGUCUUGAGAAACUAGAGGUAAGUGUUGAGGCAGGUGAAGCCAAGAACUAAAGAUAAUUAAGUAAGAAAGGUCUAGCCAGUAGCUUAAUUAGCAUGAGAAUAAUUUAGCCACUAGCUGUUUAAUUAAUUGAGAAAGACAUUUUGAAAUUAGUGGAAGAGCUUUCUUCAUUUUAUGAUAGUAGUGGUCAAAAUGGAUAUACCCUUGUAUGUAAUAUUCUCAUUAUGCCCAUUUUUAAAUUACUGAGAUACCACAAGCACCAUUAUUGGUAAAAAUCUGUCAUUUACUGCACUGGUAAACCUAUAAAAGACUAAAAUAUACUGUGUUUUGUGUUAAGUUUAUUUUAUUUAAGUAAUAGACCACACUUUCUAUCAGUUCACUAGUGUAGUAACCCAUGCAGGAUGUUAGGAGAACACUAGAAAAUUUUGUAAACUAUUCACCUCCACCUUGUGAUUUACAAACUUUCCUCAUGUUUUUCCAACAUCCCACUUGGGAACCAACAGGAGGGGUGGUCUGUGCACACUCAGUGAGGGUGAAACCACAGUAUUACUCUGUCAUUCAAACAGGAAAGGAAUCAGUCAGUAGAGAAAUGAACAUAGAUGUUUUGAAGGUGUAUAUAAAAGUCACAAGUUGAUUGCUCUGUUUUUGUUGCUUUCUUUUUACUAUUUGUACAUGUACUAAUUUCAAAAUGUUAGAACAAUACCUGUUUAAUAAAAUUAGAUGAGGUCAGAAGAGGGUCACAAAAAGUUACAUUUAAACCUUAAUUCAUCAUCCAUGUCUCAAAACUGUUUUUGACACAACCCCCUUGCCCAAUUAGGGUGAGGGGGGAUGUUUUCAAAGAUACCACUUUAAAAAAAAAGCAGGUGUGUAGUAUACUCGUGACUCAGACCUUUUUUUGAGCACAAGUUAUAAAUUUUUGCAAUCGUUAUGUGAUGAAAUAUAAAUUGCACUUUAUUUGUAUUUCAAAUGCUUUUAUUAUUUUUAUAAGCUUCAAGUAUGUAGUGGAAGAGGUUUCUCCAAGAGUCAGCAACAAGAUCGCCUCAUUGAGAUGCACGGGAGUUUGCGAGCCUGCCGAGGGGCAGAUGCUAUCGUGUUUAACCUCUUUGCUUGCGAGGGAUGGUUUAUUGCUAAAUACUUUGAUGUACCAUGUGUUGCAGCUUCUCCAUUUGCUGUUACCAGGUAAAGAAUUACAUCAAAUUAUUUGAAAAUGUAACUAAAACUUUUUGAAACUAUGAUAUUAACCUAUUAUUUGCUUGUAUCCAAUGAUGCCUUUAAUCACAACUUUCACAUUCUUUAAUUUUCUCUAGAACUCCGCCUGUAACAUUUGAAAGCAAAUUUGUUGAUGCUUAUCCUGAUUUGUACCAUCGACUUCGGAACUCAAAACAAGGUGCUGCAUAAAAAUUUUUUGUGAAUUUUUUUACAUUAACCCUAAACCAUUUAUGAACUAAACAGAACAAAUUAGAAAACAUUUGUUGGAUACUUGUAUACAUAAGUGCACACACAGAGGAACUUAGCAGUUUUAUGUUAUAACUCCUAGGAGAAGUGAGUUAUGGUGACAUUGAUCACUGGAUGUGGAGACUCUACUUGGAUGACUUUGGGGAAUUCUGUGACAGUAUUGGUCUGCCUGUGUGCCCUUAUGCUGAACUGACUCCUGAUGACAGACUCCACCCAUCUACCACCCUUCUGUAUGGGAUCAGCCCAAAAGUGAUUGAGAAGCCUCCUUACUGGCCAGAAAAGUAGGUUCAUGCAGUUGGUAAUACAAUUUCUCAGUUUAUCUUUUGUUACAAAAAAGAGGUAGGGACUGGGUUUUGUUUGUGCUAUAAGGGUAUAGUAAGUUGCACUUUUAGGAGGUAAGGUAAUCAGAGAUAAACCCACAAAGCCAUAUGCUGGUAACCUCAAAAGCUUCCCGGCAAAAUAUCUGGAAUUAUCACCCUUGCUACCUCUGAAAUUCAGUCUUUACUCUAUACCAGGGUUUCAAGAAUCAGGAAGCACUCAGAUUUUACUGGUGGCCAGCAAAGUCCCAGUCUUAAAACACCCUAGCAAUAUAAGGAAUUGUGCUAUCUAUCCACUACUCUGAGAAUGAUGGAACUCAUUUGGUCACAUACUGGUUAUCUCCUUGUAUUUGCAGUGUUGUUCUGUGUGGUUACUGGUUCCUGGAACUCCCAGAUGAACCCAUUAAUGACAUCAAGGUGUACCAUCCAGCAUCAGGUUACAGCACAUUGCCAGAUUUCUUUUCCAGCUUUAAGGGGAGUGGUGAAAGACCAGUAUAUAUUGGGUUUGGCUCAAUGGAAGAGCUGGGAUUUUUCUCGAGUGUUGAUUGCGUUGAGCUUCUUGGGGUGCUUAAUGAAGGUACAUGUACUGUUCCUAUUAACUUAAGAGUUAAUACUACAUAAUUACAUACAUACUUUAACUUUUCCAAAAACUGAGUGGUUUUCAUGUACGAUAUUCUCUAUUUUUACAAGAAAUCAAAAUUUACUGCUGAUGAGAUGCUUAAUAUUUGAAUAUAAGGUCUCGUUCACUUCUAAUGCAACAUUGGUGGAUGAGUUGUUCACAGAAGUACCUCCUAAGAAUGGUUUUGAGAAUACAACUUCAGUCUAUAUUUAACAAAUAUAAUCCAUGUUGUCGUGGAUCUUUUCAGUCAUUGAAUAAAGGUAGCAGAUGACAAGGUGCAGCUGAGUGAAUCACUGCUGUUCUUAUCACAUUUUGGCUUCCCCUGUGAUCCAUUAUUGAACAAGUGCACAGCAACAUGGAAACAAUUUAUUUUAUGUACUCGUGAAUAAGCAAAUGUUGCUUGUGGUGACAAUAUCUAUGUGUUUGUCCCCUUGAUCAUGAGUAAGAACAGAUCUAAAUGCAUGUAUAAUUUAGCUGUUAGAUCUUAUUUGUAAUUCUCCUUACUGUCUGCCAUACAUUUCUCAUGAUGAUAGUUUGGUGAAUUUGGUAGUGGAUCAACUAAUAAUUUCUUAAUUGAUAUUUUCUCUAUUCUUAUCACUUGUCUGCUUGAUUUAGUAUAGAUGUUGUUGGGAAAAAUUCUGUCUUGGUCACUCGUGGGAGUUAAUGGGUCAUGUAUGGAUUCUAACAGUUUUAUAUAGUCAUCCUUUUUUCAUUUGUUUGUUUUUCAGGUCUUGUCCAAUGUGGGAAAAAAGCACUCUUGCAACUAUCCCCCAAUUCCAAUCUCCUUAAAACAUGGGAAAUGUUGUGCAAAAACUUUCAGAACUGUAACAUCCACUGUCUCAUGGAAUAUGUCCCACAUUCUAAGCUCUUUCCACUAUGCCAAUCUGUAGUGCAUCAUGGGGGAAGUGGAACAGUUGGUAUGGCCCUAAGAUGUGGUGUUCCCCAGAUUGUGUGCCCUUUUAUGUUUGAUCAGUCAUACUGGGGUGAUAAAGUCAUGUGGAUGGGUGUCGGUGAGUCUGUUGGGCACCCACGGUCACUCAGCGCUGAAUCAUUUGGUUCAGCCCUUGUCAAGGUGGUUAGCCCAGAGGUUCGUAACAUGGCUGCUUCUUAUGGCAAAAUGUUAUUGGGUGAAGAUGGUGUUAAGUUUGCUGUGCAUCAACUUAUAAAAGAGAUUAAAAGAAGAUAGCAAAUUUUAAAGAACUCUUGGUAAGUUGACAGAUGAUGUAAUGACUGUAAUGUAAAGUGCACAAUAAGUUAAGAUUUGUUUUGUAUUAUUGUUAUAAAAUUCAGUUUUAGUGACCUGUAGGCAUAGUCACCAACAAAACCACAACUGGGAUAUUUUGUAAGUUAUCGUACUGAAUAAUGUAAAUAAUAUGUAUGGUUCAUUGGGUAUUUUUUCUUGUUUGCAUCAGAGGAGGGAAUUUAAGUUAUUUAAUUUUAUGGGUUUUAACAGCUGAAAGCUAAUUUAUGGUUUCAGUAAUUAAACUUUUAUUUCUUAGGAUGGGAGAACUUUCAAGUCAUGCA